AUGCGUAGGCUGGCGCGUCACACAUUCACGUGUGUUGCUCCAGCGUCACAAACUGCUGCAAUAUUUGCAAAAACAACAGCAACAGAGGUGGUGUCAAUAAGGGCAUGCUGGCUGCGGUGCUUCAGCACAACGCCUAGCAGGCAUGCACCGAAGCGUGCUGUGUCGGCCAGGCCCGCGAAGAGCGCUACAGCACCACGUGGGAGACCGCCAAACUCAACACAGAGGAGUAAUGCUGCCAGCGGCGCCGCCACGAGCUAUCGGCAGGACAAAGCAGCUGAGAAGCAGAAGGGUGCUGGUACACCAGUCGACCUCGACGAGGAGGAACGGCGACUGAUGGAGGGUGACACACGUCUCGCGAUGCGGCUGCUGAUGCAGCACCACUUCCUCUACCAGAACAAUGUGCGGCGGCCGGAGGAGCAACGGGAGGAGGAGGAGCGUCAGCGGCUGCGCGAGAAGCACCGCGCCCGCAUGGAGCGCAUUGAGCGCAAGACACGUAACUCGAUGGAACUCGGUCCGGAUGUCUCUGUCGAUGGUAUUCUGCCGCUCUACAGGCGUCCAAAUUCAACAGCGACAGCAACAGCAACAACAACAGAAACAGCAGCAUUGCCACUUUCAAAGCCCAGACCAGCGGCGUCGUGGAUGCGCCUCAACCCUGUCGAGGCGGAGGCCGGUGAUGCUGAGGGCGGUGACUAUGACAACACUGGCAGUAGCAGCAGCAGCGGCAUCGGUCACCUGGAGUCGUUGCUGAUGAAGCCCGACAUCUCCGCCUACGACGCGGCGCACGACCAACGCAUUCGCAGCGCGGAGGUGCUCGAUGAGGAGCAGAGGCGGCGCCGCGAGGAAUUAAAGAGCGGUGAUGCGAUCGCAAAGUUGUGGUCUCGUGAGGAACUCGAGACUGGUGGCGGGCUGUCGCCGCAGAGGGUGGUGCAGAGUCAGUUGCUGGAGGACGAGGAUGAGGACUUCGCGGUGGAGGCGUACGCCAACGCCAGCGAUGAAUGA